AAACUCGUUGUCAAUUCAUCUCCCCCUCCAAAACCCUAAUUCCUUGUCUGAUCCUUCUCUCCAAAUCUCUUCAAUUGCUUGCUAAUUUUUUGUCCCUCCGCCGUCGUAAUCUGGUAUCCAUCCAUUGCCGGAAAUUGUAGGGCUUCUGUGUGAUUCGGAACAAUGCACCAGCUUAAGCGGAAGGGCAAAGAAUUAGGGUUUCUAAUCAGGGCUAGAUGGUUGCUUUCGCAGGAUAAGAAACCUUUGGGAUGCUCACAAUUUGCUGAGUUUUCAUCUGCCUCGAUUGGGAGGCAGGAGCUCAUGACGACGUUUUUUGCUAAAUCAACUGCAGCCAACCGAUCUGGUUCUGAUAUUAGUAGGAUGCUAAAGGGGACAUCGAAGGCUGAAGGCGUCUCUUUGUUGUGUAGUGAAAACUUUGGGCUACCACCCCUUGUCCGUUCCUCCUGCCAAUUAAAUGGCUACUAUCAAAAGCAUAGAAUGCUCCCACGUUUUACAAGAGCAAUUUCGUCAAGUUCUUCACAAAAUUCAAGAGAAGGAACAACAGAUAAGGAAACCAUGAAAGAUGUGUCUAAAGUAGAAGAUCCAUUUGAUGACCUUACAUAUGAUAUUCCAGAGAAGCCAGUGACAUUUGCAGAGGGUGCUUCAUAUAGUGUUGUUAUACUUGCUGGACUAGGAAUUGCAGGUCUAGCUGCAUAUGCUGUUUUUAAAGAGCUGAUCUUUGAGCCGAAAGAGUACAAGAUUUUUGGGAAGGCGCUUGAAAGGGUUCAGAAUGAUAAUCAGGUCACAGUGAGGAUUGGUUCUCCUGUGACUGGCUAUGGCCAGGAAAGCAGAAAUCGUGCUGCAAGACAACGCAUUCCCAAUAGGGUUUGGACAGAUGAAGAUGGUGUUGAACAUGUUGAGGUAAACUUCCAUAUUCGCGGCCCACACGGGGCAGGGGUUGUGUACACUGAAAUGUUCAAAGACAAUGCUGACAAGAAGUGGAAGUUCACUUAUCUGAUUGUUGAGAUCAAGUCUCCAACAAAGGCACAACUAAUGUUAGAAUCUUAUGUUCCUGCAUGAGAUACAAUAAUCACCGGUCGGCCAAGUGCCUGUUCAUUUCUGGCCUGCCACUGGUUUUCAUAUACCUGGUGAAAAUGUUAUUUCGAUGUUAUCAUCCGUGACAUGGCCAAUCACUUGCUACAUUUGCUGAAAUAUUUUCCUCUUUGGGCAUGCCGAGCAAGUUUUGAUUUCCAAUAAAUUAUUGAGAAGUGAAAUCCAAGUUUAAGCUGGAUAUAAUUCCUUUUAUUGUGUUUAUUUUGUUUCCGAUUUUCUGUUUUGGAUAGUUGUGAUAUACACACAUCAAGGGAAAGAGCUUCAUUGCUGGGCUCAUGUUGUUGCCCUGCAUAAAGAGCAAGGGGUUUUAACCCAAAAACAAAAACAAAAAAAAAACAAAAAAAACCUGGUCCUAGGAUUCAUUGGCAUUAGUUUGCUAUUUUUUGCUCA